AUGCAGCUCUCGUUUGCACUUGUCCUGACCGCUGUUGUCGCCACGCUCGGGGCCGAAGCCAACGUCCUCCAAGCCGGGUCGUGCGCCAUGUCGUGCAAGGGCCCCAAGACCGGGUUUUGCUCGGGCGUCGGCGCGCUUCCAACGGCGCUCUCAGCGACCACUUACAACAACGAGUGCGAGUGCCUCCAGGCCAAGUGCCUCAAGGGCAACGCGGUGCAGUGCUACGCCAAGCCGACCGCCGGCAAGUGCGACCCCAAGGCGCUCCUCAAGCUCAACGAACCCACCGCCAAGUCGCUCAAGCUCGUCUGCGGCUCCAACGGCGUCACGUACGACAACUACUUCCACCUCAAGGUCGCGCGCGAACUCGGCGGCAUCCAGUUCCUCCAGACGGGCAAGUGCACGUCGCAGUACAAGACGUGCAUGACCAACGUCAAGUGCUCCAACGAAGACAAGGUUCAAUACUGA